CUUUCUCAUUUAAAAUUUAAUUCUUCAUUGUUUCUUGUCUUUGCAUAUUUAUGAUCAUAUUCAGAUCUAAAUGAAUGAUUUAAAAUACUACACACUCUACUAACUCUCUAUGAAGAUCCAGUGCGACGUGUGUAACAAAAUGCAAGCUUCACUAUUCUGCACCGCCGACGAAGCGGCCUUAUGCUCCGCCUGCGACCACCGUGUCCACCAUGCUAACAAGCUCGCCUCCAAACACCACCGCUUCUCUCUCAACCAUGCUAAUUCUCCCAACAACUUUCCUCUCUGCGAUAUUUGCCUCGAAAGAAGAGGUUUUGUGUUUUGUCAACAAGAUAGAGCCAUUGUAUGCAAAGAGUGUGAUUUCAAGAAUCAUUGUUCCAAUGAACAUACAAAGAAGCAUAGUAGGUUUCUUCUCAGUGGGAUUAAGCUUCUCUCUCCAGCUUCUAUAUCACCACCACCACUACCAUUCUCUCCUGCUCCUCCCAUUCCAGCUUUCAACAAGGUGGCUUCAAAUGAAGAAACUGGUACUGGUUUCACCAUAUCUGAGUACUUGAUAAACACUAUACCGGGUUGGAAGUUUGAAGAGUUCUUCGAUUCUCCUUCUUCUGUUCCCUUUGAUCAAUUUCAGAAUCAUGUUGCUGAAGUUAAUGCUGAUAGUGAUCCGGAAAAUAUGGUUUCUUUCUUGGGUGGGAUUAGGGUUCCUCAAGCACCAACUUCUUCUCUUUAUUAUGCUUCAAAAAUGGAUAACAGAUCAUCAUCAGACACAAACAUCAAAUUAUUCAGCAGCAGCAGCAGUUUGAGGGAUGAUAAUAAUUUCACAGUUCCACAGAUGAUAAACCCUCCUAAUUAACCCUUGCUCUCUUACUUCUUCAAACUUCUAUUUCUUCUUGUUCGUUGCUUUCAUUGUUCCUUAUGAUAGGAAUGUGGCUUGUUCCGAUGCUAGCUCCUGUCAAUUUUCUUAACUCAACAUUCAACUUUUUUUAUUUACAAGUAAGGAUCCUCUAUGGCUGAGCACUAUAAUGGUCAACUGUUAUUUCUCAACUGUCUUUAAUAAUGCUGUUGAGGAUGUUGAUGAAAUGUUCCAGGAUGCCAAAAUUCUAAGCUGGCAGUGGCAGGUUCUUAGCACCAAGGGGGUUAGAUUGUGUGCAUUCUAUGAUUGGUAUCACUAUCCUAAAGAGGUUUUAGUUUUGUAAUUAGGCUGGGGCUGUUGGAAAAAUAGGCUAGGUGGUGCAUAGUUUUAAGUUCUUUUUAUGAGUAAUUCAGACUUGAACUAUCUGUAUGUUUGCAUGCCUUUGAAGCUUCUUUUGAGCUUCACUUGUUAUAUAAUAGUUUGCUUAUCAAAAAAAAAAAAAAAAAAAAAAAACUGUUAUUUCUCAACUAUGUGUCCGUUGUUCAAAAGUUGGUGUAAAUUAUCUCUUUCACAUUUUGUAAAUAUGAGUUUUAAUUUCUAGUUGGAUUGAGGUUGUUUAAGUUCUGCUUACUACUAGUUAGUAUAAGGGAGAAUUCAUCUUAUUGUACGAAAACAUUCGGUUUUGCUUAAAUAAAAUU